AUGAAGGAAAAUGAUGGGGAAGAUGGUCAUCAUGAAGAGAAAACAAAAAUUAUGAUAGAUGUGAAUAAUGAGACCCGGAUGCAGAAAGAAGAAAAAGUUGAGAAAUAUGUGGCCCCCGCUCAUUACAAGCCUCCUCUACCCUUUCCCCAAAGGUUAGCUAAGGCUAAGUUAGAAAAGCAGUUCGGAAAAUUUUUGGAGAUUUUGAAAAAGUUGCACAUCAAUAUCCCAUUCACUGAAGCUAUUUUUCAAAUACCUUCAUAUGCUAAGUUCUUGAAAGAGAUCCUAUCCAAUAAAAGGAAGUUGGAAGAAUACGAGACUGUGGCCCUUACUGAGGAGUGUAGUGCUAUCAUCCAGAAUAAGCUGCCUCCUAAGCUUAAGGAUCCAGGUUCAUUUUCUAUUCCUUGUGUUAUUGGUAAUGUCUCUAUUAAUCGUGCUUUGUGUGAUUUAGGUGCAAGCGUAAGUUUAAUGCCGAUGUCUAUUUGUAAGAAGCUUGGCACAGGUGAUUUGAAGCCAACCACGAUAUCACUCCAAUUGGCGGAUCGAUCGGUAAAAUAUCCGGUAGGUAUACUUGAAGAUGUACCUAUCCAGGUCGGUAAGUUCUUUAUCCCGGUUGAUUUCAUUAUUUUAGAAAUAGAAGAAGAUUCUAACAUUCUAAUUAUAUUAGGAAGACCCUUCCUUGCUACUGCAGGUGCCAUAAUUGAUGUUAAAAAUGGAAGGCUCUCUUUAAAUAUUGGAGGGGAGAUGAUAGAAUUUGAUUUAAGUAAUACUAUGAAACUCCCUCUAACUGAUAAAAUUUGUUACAGGAUCGACGUCAUUGACAAGUGUACACAUGAGCAAAUUGUAAACAAUAACUCAGCUGAUCCACUUGAGAAAUGUUUGGUAAGUGAUGGUUCAAUAAAUGAUGAAGACCUUGAGGUAGCCGCGUAUGCUCAAUCUUUAGAAUCAACAUCAACUGCUCCACUUCGAAAUGCAAAGCUUGAAAGAUUGAUGCUAGAGCCAAAAGGAUCUAUUUGUUAA